CAAUGAUGGCGCCAUCAACAAUUACUCCACAUCAAGAGCAUGGCAAUAGGACAAUAUUACACGUCAUUAUUAUAAAAUCUCAUUAAUUAUUUUUAGUGUGAAUAAUAAAUUAAAAUCACAAGUUUAGCAAUAAAUUAUCAGCAACAAACAAUGGAAGCACUUUAUCAUCAAACAAAUAAAUUAGUACAAGAAACCCAGCAUCUUUUCACGCAGCUGGACAGACCUUUGCCCAAUGUUGAUUUAAAUACUAUUGAAAGCGACAUACUCGCUAAAAUAAAUUUAAUAAACAGCAAUUGUGAAAAAUUGGAUGUGCUAUGUCUGAAAGGGCCAAUAGCACAGCGGCAGAAUGCAAAAAUGCGUGUAGAUCAAUUAAAAUAUGACAGUAGGCAUUUAAAUGCUGCUUUAAAUUCAUGGAAAAGUCAGCAGUACCGGCGUAAACAGGAAGAAGAAGAAAGAGAGGCACUUUUAUCACGUCAAUUUACGACAAAUGAUCAUAUUGACAUCAUGAUUGAUCAUACUAUUCAACAUAAUAAUCAAGUCAGAAAUGCCAAUGAUGGUAUCGACAAUUUACUCCAACAUGGUUCGGGUAUUUUAGAAAAUUUAAGGUCACAAAGAAUGACAUUGAAAGGCGCACAUAGACGUCUAAUAGAUAUCGGUAAUACUUUGGGAUUAUCGAAUACGACGAUGCGAUUAAUUGAAAAUCGUGCACGUCAGGAUGGUUUUAUCUUAGUCGGUGGUAUUGUAAUUACAUGUAUAAUUAUAACACUUGUUGUAAUAUAUAUGACAUGAAAUUUAACUUAUAAAUUAUUAUUAUUAUUAUUAUUAUUAUUUAUGUAUAUUAUUGACAUUCCUUAAUUAAAUUAUAAUCUUUGUACAUAUUGCAAUAAAAACAAAUAAUUGUAAAUUUAAAAUGAUGAAUUAUUUUUUCAUCUUAAAUUUGUAAAAAAUAUUUAUAUUAUAAUGAUUGCUAUUUAGAAUUAUUUUAUAUUUUAUCGUGUAUUAAAUAAAUAAUUAUAUUUAAUUAAGUCUUUUGAGAUUCUAGCGUCAAUUGGGCAAAACACGGAGACAAUUGUUCCUGAUCAUUUUCUGUUUGGCAGGAAGUGUCUUGAUCACAAAUUAUAUCAUCUAAAGCUCGACGCACCUGUAUUCGUAAUUGGUUAGCAACUUUUUUAACUGAUGAAUGAUUAUGUUUUAUUUGAGUGACGCACGCGGUAAACCCGCUCCAAGGUGAUGCUGAGGUGUGGCUUAAAUACAAUUCUUUCCAUAGAUUAAUACUGAUAGGCGCUACACUAGGCCAAAUAACACCAGGAUUAGGCUCAUAUAAUGGAUUUAACCAUUUUUCCAAUGACUCUGAUUUGUUUAUAUACGCCCAGAUACUAGUGGUGCGUUCUGCCAACCGUAAACUUAUUCUGUCAGAUUCAGAAUCGCCU